ACAUACAGAUCAUGGAGGAGCUGAAGCAGGGAUACAGGCUGUUGGUGUUGAUGGUGGUUAUCACAGGGAUGGUGUCUGCUAACACAAGCUGCUGUUCCUACCCGUGCCAGAAUGGAGGCGUGUGUAUGACGGCUGGCAUGGAGGGCUUUCAUUGUGAUUGUACUGGUACAGAUUUCUACGGCACUUUGUGUGAUACCCCAACAUUUAUGAAGCGUAUCAAGUUGUGGUUGAAGCCUAGCCCUGACACAACCCACUACCUGUUAACUCACUACAACUGGCUCUGGGACAGAGUUAACAGCAUUGACUUUCUACGGAAUGCUGUCAUGAAAAAAGUCUACACAAUGAGGUCAGAUAUGAUUGACAGCCCACCUACCUACACCUCUGAUCACACUUACAUCACACUUGAUGCCAACUACAACCAGACCUACUAUAUACGUACACUGCCACCUGUUCCAAGCAAUUGCCCAACACCUAUGGGCGUAUGGGGUAAAAAAGAGAUGCCAGAUGUGGAUAGAAUAAUUAAGAAAUUCUUUGUAAGAAAGGAGCUAAUUCCUGAGCCCAUGGGAACAAGUGCACUAUUCAGUUUCUUUGCACAACAUUUCACACAUCAGUUUUUCAAGACUGACAUUAAAAAAGGCCCACAAUACCAGUGGGGUGGACAUGGGGUCGAUGUUUCUCAUAUUUACGGAAGGGAUAAAGACGCAGAGGGAAAACUGCGAAGUUUUAAAGAUGGAAAACUGAAAGUACAGAUAAUAGACGGAGAAGAGUUCCCUCCCUUGGAGAAAGAUGCACCAGUGGGUAUGAUUUACCCUCCUGGUACACCUGACAACCGCAGGUUUGCCAUCGGCCAGCAGGUGUUUGGACUUCUCCCUGGACUCUUCAUGUAUGCCACGAUCUGGUUACGGGAGCAUAAUCGUGUAUGUGACAUCCUCAAAGCCGAACACCCUGAAUGGGAUGACGAGAGAUUGUAUCAGACAGGCAAACUUGUUAUAUUGGGGGAGACAAUCAAGAUUGUGAUAGAGGACUAUGUACAGCAUUUGAGUCACUACAACUACAAGCUACUGUUCAACCCAGAACUCUUGUUUGGUGAGCCGUUUCAGUACCAGAACAGAAUCACAGUAGAAUUCAACCAUCUGUAUCAUUGGCAUCCGCUGAUGCCCAGUGAAUUCAACAUCAGUGGUACUACCUACAAUCUGCGAGAGUUUGUCUAUCACCCAGAAAUUGUACUCAAACAUGGCAUGCAUGACUUUGUUGAUUCUCUCUCAAAACAACGAGCUGGACAAUUUGGUCCCUUUAACCAUGGUCCAUUGACCAUUCCUGUGGUAACAGAGCUCCUUAAACAGGGACGUCAACUCCGGCUACAACCCUAUAAUCAGUACAGGAAAAAGUUCAACCUGCCUCCUUACAAAACCUUCGAGGACUUGACAGGGAAUAAAGAAUUAGCUAAGGCAUUGGAGGAGGAAUAUCAAGACAUUAAUGCUGUAGAAUUCUACGUCGGACUUAUCAUGGAGAAAAGACGGUAUAAAUCGGUGUUCGGAUCAUCUAUAGUGGAGAUGGGUGGGCCCUACUCAGUAAAGGGACUCAUGUCUAAUCCUAUAUGUAGUCCCAAAUACUGGAAACCUUCUACUUUUGGAGGGGAUGUAGGGUUUGAUAUCAUUAAUACAGCAACACUUAAAAAGCUAUUCUGUAGUAACAUUAAGGGUGACUGUCCAGUAGUAUCAUUUGAGGUACCAGAUUAUUUGAGGGGUGACGAUUUACAUGAUGAGCUAUGAUAGAUCUUUUCACAAAUAUCAAUUUUUUUUUAUUAUACAACAAAUAUGCUUUUUGAAAAUCUCUAUGGAGUAUGUAAUGACAGUAUUUCAAAUUUAAUACUAAAAUUUACAAUAGAACUACCUAAACAUCUGAUAAUUAGUAACAAUAUUUCUUAAGCUCUCAAGAAUUGAG